AUGAUGAUGAUGACGACAAUGCGAGAUGGCCGGGUGGAGGUGACAUUGCUGACCGCCAGAGCCAAGGUGGCUUCGGUCAAGAAGCAAAGUGUGCCUUGCUUGGAACUAUGCGGAGCUGUUCUAGUGGCUCGCUUGCUGCACCGGGUGGCUCAUGACCUGGAUUUGGAGGACGUGCCUGUCGUUGCCUGGACAGAUGCUAGGGUCGUCCUUUGUUGGCUGCGUUUCCAUGCGUCGCGCUGGCGACCGUUUGUGGCGCAUCGAGUGGCAGAGGUACAGAGUCUGGUACCGGGCGAACGGUGGAGACAUGUUCCGACUGCAUCAAACCCGGCUGACGUGGCAACCAGGGGGAUUCCGGUCUCGGAGCUUCUUGGUUUAGACUUGUGGUGGAGAGGCCCCGUCUGGCUUCGGGGACCAACCACCGCGUGGCCUGUGGUGGGUGAUCUCGGUGCCCAUCACGAGGAAGAAGAAAAAAGGGCGGUGCACCUGGCCGUCCCAAAGAAUCCGGAGGAUCUCUUUGAAGGGAGAUUCUCCACUUUGACGCGGCUUGUACGCGUAGUAGUCUACUGUUACAGGUUCUAUCACAAGGCUCGAGGUAUGAGGGACCAAAGCGAUUUCCUGUCCGGCGCCGAGUUGGAGGUGGCUCUAUCUGUGAUGGUGAGGCGGACGCAGCGAAGGGAGUUUCCAGGAGAGCUGGGAGCGCUUACGGCGGGCGGCCUAUUGCCCGGUGGCUCGUCUCUGCGAGCAUUAAGCCCGUUCUUGGACGAGGAUGGGUCCUUACGAGUGGGCGGUCGACUUCAAUCGGUUCACCUGCCCUUCUCAGAAAAGCACCCGCUAAUACUGCCAAAAGAGGGUUACUUUACCGAGCUGGUCCUUCGCGACGCGCAUACGGCGACCCUGCAUGGAGGCCCUCAACUCAUGCGGAGCUAUCUUCUCCGUCGCUUCUGGGUCGUGGGGGUGGCCACUCGGGUCCGAAGGAUCGCCCGGGACUGCGUGCGCUGUGCCCGCUUCCGCGCGGAACUAGCGCAACAAAAGAUGGGUCAGCUGCCGCCGGAGCGCGUACGCUCCACCAGACCCUUUGCAUCGGCGGGGGUCGACUACGCAGGCCCUCUGCGUAUUCGAGCCCACAAGGGACGAGGCCACGCUGCUAGCAAGGACUAUAUUUGUUUUUUUGUCUGUCUAGCAACCAGGGCCGUGCAUCUGGAGGCCGUAUCGAACCUGUCGACACCGGCGUUUAUUGCAGCAUUCCGCCGAUUCAUUGCCCGUCGAGGUCGUUGCCGUCUGCUGCUCAGCGACAACGCGACUAAUUUCCGGGGAGCUGACGCCGAAUUGAGAGCCAGAUUCCGUGCCGCCUCCGACUUCUACAAGGAGGCCGGAGAAGUGCUAGCCAGCGACGGGACCGAAUGGAGGUUUAUCCCGCCUCAGGCUCCUCACUUUGGAGGCCUCUAA